AUGUCUGGUAAAGGGGCCCACGUCCAGGACGAGAUCCUGCGGCACAGCCUGGAGAACCCCGAGGAGUUCUGGGCCAACCAGGCCGAGCAUCUCUUCUGGCACAAGAAGCCCAGCACCGUCUUGAAGCUCACGUCCAAGAAGCUCAAGAGCGGUGUUGAACACGACAGCUGGGAGUGGUUUCCGGAUGGCGAGAUCUCCACGUGCUAUAACUGCGUGGACCGGCACGUCGAGGCUGGUCAUGGCGACCAGGUUGCCAUUUACUUUGAUAGUCCCGUCACCAAGACCAAGCAGAAAAUCACAUACCGUCAGCUGCUUGACGAGGUCGAGAUUUUUGCGGGAGCCCUGAGGGAAGAUGGCGUGCGUAAAGGCGACGUGGUUAUGCUUUACAUGCCCAUGAUCCCCGCGGCGCUAAUUGGCGUCCUCGCCAUAAACCGUCUUGGUGCCAUUCACUCCAUUGUCUUUGGCGGCUUCGCCCCCGCUGCCCUCGCUCAGCGCAUCGACUCAUGCAAGCCCGUCGUCCUCUUGACCGCGUCGUGUGGCAUCGAAGGCAACAAGCCCCCUGUGCCAUAUCGCCCGCUUGUCGAAGAGGCCUUCCAGCUUGCCAAGCACAAACCACGCCGAACGCUCAUUUGGCAGCGGGAGCAGGCUUCCUGGACACCUACUGAUCGCAGCGCGGGUCAAGCAAGCUGGCAGAAGGUCGUCGAGAGCGCACGGUCAAGGUUGAUCAGGGCCGAGUGUGUUCCUGUGAAAAGCUCCGACCCCGUGUACGUCAUCCACACAUCCGGCACCACGGGAUCGCCCAAGGGCGUCCUCCGAGACGCCGGAGGCCAUGCUGUUGGUCUACAUCUCUCAAUCAGCUAUCUUUUCAACAUUCACGGGCCUGGAGACGUUGUCUUCACCGCUUCGGAUAUCGGCUGGGUCGUCGGCCACUCCUACAUCAUAUACGCACCGCUGCUGGCCGGCGCUGCCACUGUCAUAUAUGAAGGCAAGCCAGUCGGGACGCCAGAUGCCUCAGCCUUCUGGCGCAUCGUCGAAGAGUACAAGGUCAACACCAUGUUCACGGCGCCGACGGCUCUUCGUGCCAUCAAGCGUGACGAUCCUGACAACAAGUUCUUGACCCAGAUCGGUGAACGCGGUGGUCUCCGCACACUUAGCGCCCUGUUCUUGGCAGGAGAGCGUUCGGAGCCAAGCAUCAUAUCCAUGUAUCAGGAGCUCUUGGAUAAGUAUGCGGCACCUUCUGCUCAUGUUGUCGACAAUUGGUGGUCCACCGAGGCCGGCUCUCCCAUGACUGGUCGUGCUCUCGCCCCCCACGCAGGCCGCGACCGCAAGGCCAAAGUUCGGCAUGAUCCGCCUCACCUCAAGCCUGGCAGCGCGGGCAAAGCCAUGCCUGGCUUCGACAUCCGCAUCGUAGAUGAUGAGGGCCGCGAAGUGGAAAGAGGCAACAUGGGCAACAUUGUGCUGGGAAUGCCGUUGGCACCGACAGGAUUUCGCACUCUGUGGGAUGAUGAGGAGCGUUUCUACAAGGGAUACUUGCAGAGAUUCAAGGGGAAGUGGUUGGAUACAGGAGAUUCGGGUUGGAUUGAUGGAGAAGGCUAUAUUCACGUCAUGAGCAGGAACGACGAUGUGUUGAACGUGAGCGCGCAUCGGCUGUCAAGCGGUGGUAUUGAGCAAGCCAUAACCUCGCAUCCUCAGGUUGCAGAAGCCUGCGUCGUUGGUAUUCCUGACGCCCUCAAGGGCCAGCUACCUUUUGCCUUUAUCACUCUCUCCACCCCAGAUCACCCAAAAUCUGUUAUCCCUGACGAAAAGCUGGCUGCCGAGAUCCAGGCUCUGGUGAGGAAACAAGUCGGCGCCAUUGCUUCACUUGGCGGCAUCAUCCAAGGCAAGGGCAUGAUCCCCAAGACACGCUCCGGCAAGACCCUCAGGCGAGUGCUGAGGGAGCUGUUGGAGAAUGCAACAAAGGGCGAGUUUGACAAGGAAGUCUCAGUGCCCAGUACCGUGGAAGACGCGGCGGUGGUGGAGGUGGCCAAGGCCAAAGUGAAGCAAUAUUUCGAUGCUGUGGGCAACAAACAUGCCUGUAUCGAGGAUGGCAUCAAGGCGAAGUUGUAA